CGGAAGAGGAAGAACAAAGGAGACGGGGUCUGUGCAGUGGAGCGCUCGGGGUGUUUUUCCUCUUUUGUCCGUCUGUAGAUUAACCAGGUUUCCUGCCUUUUAUCUGCAGGAGUUUUCAUACUAGUAGGAAAGGAUGUCGGUCGUGCAGCCCAGUCGCUCGUCCACCGGGUGGCCGCGCCGCGGCGGAGAGCAGUUCGGGGGCAAAUACAUCAGCGGGCCCGCUAAACCGCUCACCCUGGAGCGGACCAUCAACCUAUAUCCUCUCACGAACUACACGUUUGGCACCAAGGAGCCUCUUUACGAGAAAGACAGCUCUGUGGCCGCCAGGUUCCAGAGAAUGCGUGAAGAGUUUGAUAAGAUGGGCAUGCGCCGGACAGUAGAGGGAGUCCUCAUCGUUCACGAGCACAGGCUGCCUCACGUUCUCCUGCUGCAGCUGGGCACAACGUUUUUCAAGCUGCCUGGUGGAGAGCUGAAUCCCGGAGAAGACGAGGUGGAGGGUCUGAAACGCCUGAUGACCGAGAUCCUCGGGCGGCAAGACGGGGUGAAGCAGGACUGGGUGAUAGAUGAUUGCAUCGGUAACUGGUGGCGCCCCAACUUUGAGCCUCCGCAGUACCCGUACAUUCCAGCUCACAUCACUAAACCUAAGGAGCAUAAAAAGCUCUUCUUGGUUCAGCUGCAGGAGAAAGCAUUAUUUGCCGUUCCCAAAAAUUAUAAGCUGGUGGCUGCUCCGUUGUUUGAACUGUACGACAACGCUCCUGGAUAUGGACCAAUCAUUUCCAGUCUACCGCAGCUACUGAGCAGGUUCAACUUUAUCUACAACUAACCUGACCAACAGUGUGGCUGUCUCUGUGAGUGCAGCCAGAAGCAUUGUGCUGAAAGGACGCCGUCUCUUGUUUAUCUUUUACGAAACCAACACCUGUUAAGUCUGGUAAAUAGAAAGUCUACGGGGUUGUUGUUGGAGAAAAUGAUACGGUCCGAGUUGUUUUUGUUUUAUUUUUUAAACUUGUGAAGCUGCAGCCUUUUGUAGUAUGCAGGUCUCUAUUCCAGAAUCUGGUUUUAUGUUUGCCUAAAGGUUGACAAUGUUUGAUUAAAAAAAUUACAACAUUGUGUUUUCUGUUGUUUUAACCUGUAACAAUGCUGUCUUUUUUAAAAAAUAAAGCUGUUUUGAGUAU